UGGUAGGUGUCCUUUUUGCCUUUAAAUGAUGAUUCAAGUUUUACCAAGCUAUCUUUAUAAGCACAAAAGUCUAAUUAACCUGAAAUCUCUGAGAAAUUAGUCAGUGAAUUGGAAGUAUUAUGUCAUAAAUUUCUUGGUAGUUGUCUUUUAACUAAUAUAUAAUAUGCUAGAUUGAGAUUCCAUAAUAAGUAUCUAGGUGAUGUUUGUUUGAUUUGAUGAACCCUAGCAUUUUUAAAAGUUGAGUCAAAUGACGUUGAACAUUCUUUCUUAGUUUCUUGUUUUUGACUUGAUAGUUCUAUACUUGUUCUUUCAUGACAACAUGAAUAUUCGAAGUAGCUUUUUAACUUUUCUAAGUAUUUUGCAGAAGGAUGAAAACUCUAGUAUUGAGGAUUAUUUUGGGGAUGAAGUACUAAAAGUGCGAGCUUGUGGGAUGUCAUUUAUUACACUUGGAAUAAAUAUCCGCGAAUGUCAAAAUCAAUCAAAAUGGUUUCUAAAGGUGUGAUGAAGGAACACCUUCUGCUUGUUGCAAACAGCAUGACUUGCACUGGAAAACUUAUCGGUUUCAACACUGGUGGUUAUAAGGCGCUCUUUCGUUCUUUCAAAGUUGAAGUACCAUUUACUGAAGCCACUUUAUUUACACCAAUGAAAUGCUUUGAAAGAGCUGCUGAGAAGCGUCAGGUUGAUUCAUUAGCCAGUGUGGUUUCAUCCUGUUCAUGGGGCAAAAAUGUGGCUAUUGGGACUGGUGCACACCAUUCCAGAUUCUUUGGGAUAAGAAACAGAUGGCAAUGAACAAAGAUAUUGGAAAAGGAGUCUAUGACUUUCUGGAGUUAUCAAGGGAGACAUCCAGUGGAGAAGCAACUGGCAGAUAUCUAGCAGAUGUUGAUGAAAUGGCAGAAGAAAAUGGAAUUUGUCUAUCACCUGACCUCGAUGGAUGUAUGACUUUUGAUGAUGUUGAGUACAACUUUCAGAAAAGGAUUGGCCUGGUAAAUGGAAAAUCUGGCGAGUCUAGCUGGGAAGUGGAUCCAGUUUCGGUCAAGUCAGGUAACCGGGAGGGAUGGGGAGAUAAAGAAUCAACUCAUGUGGACAACUGUGAAUCCCCAGCAACCAAACAUAAUGUUUGGUCUAGUUGGGAUUCCAUCCAAGUGAAACAAAAGACUGUUGAAUCUGAGAAUCUGGCAGGCGAUACUGUACCUGGUGAAGAUAUGGAUGCACAGAAACAUUCUGGCACAGCAGAUGAGUCUGUUGCAUGGGGGAAAUGGACGGCAGACGGGAACUCAACUGCCUGGGACAAAUUGUCUCACAGGAAUUGUUGGAAUGAGGCAAGCAAGACCAAGGUGGAUUUGAAACAUGGUGAUGAGAGAGAUUAGUUGAGAAAGAGGUGAACAGGAGAAGGGAAGGGAAACAUAGGUUCAACAGCCACAACCUAAGUUCCUCAACUUGUUUUCCAAUAGGCUUGGCUAAUGAAAGGAUACACUACAUCUGUUAUGUAUUAAAGCAUCAGUAACUUACCUGGCAUUGACAUUUGAAAAGCACCCACAACUGCUCUAAAUAAGUCAUCAAUAACUUAUCUGAUGGGCUUUUCUGAAAAGGAAGCAUAAGUGUUCUAAACAAGGUUUAAACUAGAACAAUUUAAAUGUAUCUCUAAAGGCUUAAAUUUAUUUAUUGGUCUCA